AUGCUACUGAAGGAGGGAGCUCCAGCCUACAAUACAAAUAUGUCAGGCGACGGUACGAUUCACGUGGCUGCAAGAAAAUGCUCAACGUGGAUCCUUGAGAUGCUGAGAGAGAAGGGAUGUGAUAUAAACAAGAGCAACAGAGACGGCUCGUUCCCGCUGCAUCUGGCUGCGGAGUCUGGCAACCUGGAGGCUGUCCAGUGGUUCCUGCUCAACGGCGCGAAACUCGACGCGCGGGAUGCCGCUGCGAAGACGGCGGCGGACAGAGCGGCAGAUGCGAGGCAGAAACACGUUGUGGAUUGGUUUAAUGACCAAAAGGUACUCAACAAACGGUCUGCGUCCACAGGGCUUCGAGCGCUGCACUUGGCCUGUAUUGCAGGCCACGCCCGCACAGUGCAAGAGCUCGUCAGAGGCGGCGCUGAUAUCAACGCUAGAUCAACAGAAGGGCUCUGUGCCAUCCACUACGCCGCCUCAGGAGGCCACAACGAGAUUAUAGGGAUUCUGGCAGCGGCAAAGUGCGACGCGAAUGCAGUGACGAGGGACGGCAACUCCGCCCUCCACGUGGCAGUGCACAGCAGUAACCUAUCGACCGUGAAAUGCCUCAUCAGAAGCGGAGUGGACUUCGCUCGCGGCAACAGUAAAGGCCUCACCCCCUUGGAUAUCGCAGCGGCAGUUCGGAAAGCAGACAUAGCAAGUCACUUGGUGGAGGUCAGUGUGGAGAGAGCGUUGGCAUCUGAGGACUCGGGAACCCUCGUCCAGUUGCUCCAGAAGGGGGCUGACCUCGAUCGUCUGAUCGUGCAGAAGAGCAGCGAAGUCAGCGAACCCUUUUCUCCAGGCCUGCGAGCGGUUCACUACGCUGCCAGACACGGCUCCCUGGAGAUGCUGCGUUUGCUGAAGGAAAGGAACGUUGACAUGACAUCAACUACCGUCGGGGGGCACACGGCCCUCCACUGGGCGGCUCUGGGCGGCCACCUUGACGCCGCCCGGUGGCUGGUGGCGCACGGGGUCGACGCCGCCUGCCGGAGCAAGGACGGCGCAACGGCCUUGGACGUGGCCUUGAAGAUGAGACACACUGAGGUUGCUGAGUUCUUGAGAAGGAAUACCCGUGUUGGUGGUCCUGGAGACUACGGAGGCAAUAGGCGCCAACCCCAUGAAGUAGAAGCAGGAGCAGAAGCAGCAGCAGCAGGAGGAGGAGGAGCAGUGAAAAUUGAGUUUUCAGUGAAGGCUGCUACCCAAACCAUGAAAUGUUCGUCCAAAACCAGAACAAAAAUUAUCGCCACAAAAAGUCACAUUGCAAUUUUUCUGCUGAAACUGAUUAUGAUCGGAUGUCUUGAGUGCACUGGCAAAACGAGCAAAGAUUAUUUCAAAUAUGAUUAUAUGAAACUAAGCAACAAGAAAAGCAAACGCCUUGACAUUGACGGGGCUAAAGAAGAGCGCAUCCGUAAAAAUUGCCCAGGAGAGAUGAAGAAAAUCCAGUACGGCUGUCCAUCUAGAUCCUAA